AACAACAGUACUUUGAAGUAGAAAAGCGUCUGGCUCAAAGUCAGGAGAGACUUGUAAAUGAGACACAAGAAUGUCAAACUCUCCGUGAGGAGCUUAAAAAACUUCAUGAACAGUUGAAGUCACUCAAUGAGAAAAAUAAAGAACUUGAAGCUGCUCAGGAUCGUAAUGCAGCCAUUCAGAGCCAUUUAAGUAGAGAAAAAGAAGAACUGGAAGCUGAAAAGAGAGAUUUGGUUCGAACAAGUGAAAGACGAUCUCAGGAAGUUGAACAUUUAAACGAGGAUGUUAAACGCUUAAAUGAAAAGCUUACAGAAGCAAACACAGAAAAGGUGAAACUUCAGUUAAAGUUGGAUGAACUUCAAACAUUAGAUGUUUCCAUGAAGUACCGUGAGAAAAGGUUGGAGCAAGAGAAGGAACUACUACAGAAUCAAAACACAUGGCUGAAUGCUGAGUUGAAAGCCAAAACAGAUGAACUUCUACAUACUGCCAGGGAGAAAGGCAAUGAAAUCUUGGAGCUUAAAUGUAAUCUGGAGAACAAAAAGGAGGAGGUUUCCAGAAUGGAGGAACAGGUAAACAGCCUAAAACAGUCAAAUGAAAAUCUUCAGAAGCAUGUGGAGGACCUUUUGAAUAAAAUGAAGGAGGCAAAGGAACAGCAAGCUAGUAUGGAGGAAAGAUUCCACAAUGAACUGAAUGCCCACAUAAAAUUAUCCAAUUUGUAUAAGAGUGCUGCUGAUGACUCGGAGGCAAAGAGCAAUGAACUGACGGGAGCAGUAGAAGAGCUGCACAAGCUUCUGAAGGAAGCAGGUGAAGCUAAUAAAGCAACCCAGGAGCAUUUGGCUGAGGUGGAAGAGUCAAAAGCUGUAAUGGAAAAGGAACUGAGAGAGAAGAUUAGUAAACUGGAAAAGGAGCUGGAGAAUGCUAAUGAUCUACUGUCUGCUACAAAGCGUAAAGGAGCCAUAUUGUCUGAGGAGGAACUGGCAGCUAUGUCUCCCACUGCUGCAGCAGUAGCUAAAGUAGUCAAGCCUGGAAUGAAAUUAACUGAGCUGUACAAUGCAUAUGUAGAAACUCAGGAUCAGUUGCUUUUGGAAAAGCUGGAGAAUAAGAGAAUCAAUAAAUAUUUGGAUGAAAUAGUGCAGGAAGUAGAAGCCAAAGCACCAAUCUUAAAACGUCAGCGUGAAGAAUUUGAGCGUUCCCAAAAAGCUGUUGCUAGUCUGUCUGCGAAGCUUGAACAAGCUAUGAAGGAAAUCCAGCGAUUGCAGGAGGAUGCUGAUAAAGCCAAUAAGCAUGCCUCUCUGCUUGAAAGAGAAAACCAGAGACUAGAAAUACAAGUAAAAGACCUUUCACAGCAGGUAGAACAAAUGUUGCUAUGGUUAAAU